GAUAUAUUUAGGUUAUGGGUUACAUGAGGUCGAGUGGGCAACUAGUCGGGUCGAUAGCAAGUCAGGUGAAUUAAGAAAUUAAAUUCCGGGAUCAUUAUAGGUGGUCAUAUCAUUAUUUUCGAGUCGAAUUGAUUUUGGGUUCUUCACAAGUUAGGUUCAUGUCGGUUCAGGUCUUUUUAUUUCGGAUGUGACACAUGUCAGAUAGGACCGGUUGCAAGCCGGGUUUGGUUCUUUGUAUAUGCCCAACCGUCUGUUCACUUUUCAAGUCGGGUUUGGUUCUUUGCAUAUCAGGCCCAACCAUAUAAUGAAAAUAGGUAAGAACUUUUCUGGACUGCCCUUGCAUAAGGCUCUCCACCCACAUACCCAUUACAAGCCGCACUUUGAUUUCUCACGCUUGUCAAUAGACUUAAUACACAAAAUAAAUGCUUUAUAUCUCUUCCCAAUUAAGUUUUUUUUUUUUUAAUUUUAGUUUAAGUUUUACAUUGAGAUAAUUGUUUUUUGAUAUUUAACAUAACUUUGGGUUUUUCUAUAAAAAUAAGUUUAUAUAUGGGGAAUGGGACAGAAAAAAUAAAAAAAUAAAAACAAAAAAUAUGUAACUAUCUAAUUAAUUUAAAAAAAAUAAAAAAGGCACAACAAAUUGAAAACAAUGAAAAAUCACAACAGAGUCACUUACUUCUCUCUAAGCUAAAUUUUUGAAAAAAAAUAAAUAUAUUCUUAUUUAUUGGGAUAAACUAAUUAAAAAUCUCUUAUUAAUAAAUGUAAAUACAAUUAAUUUUAUUUUAUAUUACAUAUUUUCACACGUAUUAUAAGGCUAGUAUAUACUAUAUUAAAGUUAAGGAAAACUUUAUUAUUUUAAAAAAAAUUAAGGGAAACUUUAUAUAUAGAAUCUAAAAUUAAUUGUAUUUACAUUUAUAUAUGUAAUAUAAAAUAAAAUUAAUUGUAUUUACAUUUAUUAAAAUCUAAGUAACUUUUUGUUGUUUUUUUUAAAGAUUUAAGUAUGUGAUUUCAAAGUAAUUACUAUAUGGAAAUUUAUGAAAAAAUAUCGAUUAUAUUCAAAGAUACCAAAAAAAAACCUUCAAAAACAAUAUAUUUUGACCAUGAUCACGUUCAAACCCUAUGUAAUUAGUCCAAACAACGUGUCAAUGAGCUUAAAAAACUUCCCCUCUUAACUCUCCCCACUUUCCCUCCACUUCCUCAUACUUUGACCAUAACACCAGUAAAAAUAACUACCUUAACCGCCAUUUUCUUUCCUCUAUAUAAACUUCAAACCUUAACUCACACUAACAUUUGCUGCUUUACUCCCUUCACUUCUUCUGCUCUAAACUCUGAAUUUUCUGCUCUAAAAAUCUUCUGAUCUUAUAAGCAAAAAAGAAAGAAAAUGGCCUCAUUUUCAGCAAUCAAACCUUUCAACUUUUCCUUCAUUUUGUUCAUCCUUUUCAGCUCUUUGGUUACCUUGCAUGUCUCCUGCUUUCAGUACGAAGUAGGAGGUAAAAGAGGAUGGAUUAAGCCCGAUGGAAGCGAGUUCGAGACUUACAAUGAAUGGGCAGAGCAAAACAGGUUUCACAUUGGAGACACUAUUAAUUUCAAGUACACAAAUGACUCUGUGCUCCUGGUUGAAAGAGAUGCGUAUGAGGAUUGUGAUGUGCACAACCCAAUCUUGAAAUUCAAUGAUGGAAACACAGUUUUUGAGUUUGAUAAUUCGGGUUUUGUCUACUUCAUAAGUGGGAAAACAAGCCACUGUCAAGCAGGUCAGAAGAUGAUCAUUCGUGUCAUGGUGCAAUCUGCUGCUCAUCACCCCACUGCAAGUACCCCUGCACCCUCUGUUGAAGGACCGAGUGGAGGCCGUGAUGGCGGAGAUGGGAUGAUUACCGACUCAUGGGGACCCAGCGCUACCAACUCCAGUGAUAUGCUGUCUGUCACAUCUUGUUUUCUGACGAUGUUCAUGGGUGUCGUGGUCGUGCUUUACCUAUUCAUGGAUUAAGGAAGUUUUUAGCAGUUAGGGUUAAUUUUUAUUGCUUUAGAACUUUAGGGUAUAUUUUCAGUUUUCUUUGAUUCAUGUUGUUCUUAGAUUGAGGAAAUUUGUUUUGAUUUAGUACCAUUGAACUUUGAUAAUGAUUUUAAUGCUUGUUAUUGUCUCUUUUUUAA